AUGAAGGCAGCCAUAGUCUUGAUUCUGGUGGCUUUGAUUGCCAUAGAAAUGGACAAAGCCUGUGCUCUGUCUUCUCAUGGAAGAUUACAAAAACCUGGAGCUUGUCCCAAGAUGCCCCCAAAUACUGGUGGAACUUGUGGUGAGAGAUGCUCCGGAGAUGAAUCAUGUCCUGGUAAAAUGAAGUGCUGCAGCAAUGGAUGUGGUCAUGCCUGCAUGAGGCCUGUCUUCAAAAUCAAGGACAAGUUGCUUCAGAGCAGCUCCUCUUCACAUGCCAUCACUGUGCCUUCAAACUAA